AUGAAGCAAGCCAUGUGGUUUUGGCAGAUCUUCUUCAUCUCGCCUUUCAUGGCGAUGAAGACCAACAGGUCCAACCCGUCUGACAUCACGGUGAAGAGCACUUUCGAGGACCUCAAGGAUUUGGCCGACAUGCCGAACCUUGGCGCCAACAGCAUCGAUGCCACAGCUAUGCACGGCAUCGGGCGACUGGCCGCGAACAUUGAGUUCUUGAUGAACAAGGUUGCCAAGCUUGACACCUGGAAGCAGAACUCUCGGGUUGAAAGCGUUGUCGAACUCCAGCAGAUUGAGCUGAAGAAAGUCUCCGGCUGCUGCGCUCAAGCGACAGCAGGUCAAGACAACAAAGCCUCGUUCCUGCAGGACAACAGGGAGCAAGAUGGUUGCGGUCCUGCCUGUGAUUUUUUUAAAAAACUUGGCGGCAACGUGCCUGAAAGUCCGGAUGACCUCGGCCUCCUCGAUUGGCCAAAGAAAAUGAGUGGAGCCGUGCAGUCUCUCUUUGAGCUCGCUAAAGAUCUCAUAAACUGCCCGAACUAUGCUUUGCGCAAGGGUUCGCCAAAAAGCAUGGUGGCAUGCCUGGGAGAACUAAUCAUCGGCCGCGUGCCCCCCCUCAGCCUGUUGCUCAAUCUGGGCGACAUUCUCAGCGACUUUCUGGGGGGUUUCGCCAAGGUGGCGGGCACAGCGGCGGGGAAGGUCCUGAAGGGAGGCUCCUCCUUGAUCCAAGAGGCCGCCCUCUCGAAGUUCCCGGCUGUGGGGGCUUCGCCGGUUGUGCACCAUUCAGGAAAGAGCCAGACGAAGGCUAAGAUGUCGACCCUCCAGAUGAGGGGCGAUGAUGAUCCUCCCAGCGACGGUAUCAGCUUCAAUCUCCACGACGAAGGGAGCAACUACCAAUCCAAGCUGGUCACGCAGUUCCACGGCUACGAGAAGGACACGAGCUCCUGUCUGGCUUUCGCCCCGAAGAGCAAGCACGGAGCCAACGGCCAGGCCACGGAAGCGGACUGGCAGGUACAGAACGAGGAUACAUUCGUGGCACUGGAGCCUUGGGCUGUCCCAUGCGGAAACGAUUGGAUGAAGAGGAACUGGAAUAAGUGGCAAGGCUACUCUUUCUACAUGGGCGAGUCGGCCAUCGAAAGGUGCAUGACGGUCACGUACGGCAUCAAUGUCCAGCCCGUGGUGGCCUUUGUGGGAGGUUUGCAGGUCGACGUAAUGCCCGAGCCACUGGCAUCGGUGGACACGACAGUGUGCUGGCCCGAAGGCAGGCCUGACGGUCAGGACCUGAGCUUGCUGCGUACCGAAAUCAAGUCCAGUGGCGUGCUGCUCUUCGGCCGUUCCCUCCGCCUGAGUAAGCGGUUCGGCAGUCCCACGGAUUUUGCAGGGGAGCACACGCACGCCAGCACCGGAACCUGGCAGGGCUCCACUAACCCCCAGCAAGAAAUCUCCAGGACAAAGCUUCUCCAGACCAGCCAAAACGAGACGCGUAAAGCCGCAUCCGGUGAAGAAGCAACGCGGGAGGACCAGGGUACGUUGGAAUGGAUGGAGGAGGAGGACUUCUACCUGGCCUCCGCAAACUAUUCCGACUUGGGAGUCAACUUGACCUCGGAACGUCGCGGCGCAGCAGCGGCACGGCACCUGAGCCUUGCUUCCACCAGGGCGCAGGGAGGCUUCCAGCUGUUCAACUUCGCGUUCGACGCAAGCGGGAUGCUGAACUUCCGGCUCAGAGCCCUCCUCGCCGGGACCAGCCUGGAGAUGCGUACCGAGUUUGGCUUCACCCCACUCUUCAAGUCCGGGGAGCAGAC